AUGGAGAAUGGGGGGCAGGCGGGUAGCAGACAUCGGAGAAGCGGUGGGGUCUGCAUCAUCAUCAUCAUCUUCUUCUUCUCCUCUUCUUCUUCUCGUUGCAGCAGAUGCUGGUAUUCUAUUUGGUGGUGGGCUAAAUUGAUUCUUUUGGUGGGAUUUCUAUCAGUCUUGGCAGCUGUUUUCUUCAAAUGGAUUGGACCAUUCUUUAUGGACAAGGAGAUCAUCCCUGCUAUAAAUUGGGAAACUAAAACAUUUAGUAGACCAGUUUUGGCACUUUUGGUUUUUGGUUCUGUGGCGUUAUUCCCAACCCUUCUUCUUCCAUCUUCACCAUCCAUGUGGGUGGCAGGGAUGACCUUUGGAUAUGGUUAUGGGUUUUUGCUUAUCAUUGGUGCCGUGAUCAUUGGUGUUUCACUUCCAUAUUUCAUAGGGUCUCUUUUCCACCAUAAAAUUCAGGGAUUGCUGGAACGAUAUCCUAAAAGAGCUUCAUUAAUAAGACUAGCUGGUGAAGGGAAUUGUUUUAAACAGUUCCGAGCUGUUGCCUUGAUCAGGAUUUCUCCUUUUCCAUACAUUAUUUAUAACUACUGUGCUGUGGCAACUGAUGUUAAAUAUGUCCCUUACCUGUUGGGAUCACUUGUUGGCAUGGUACCAGAAACAUUUCUUACACUUUACACAGGUAUUUUGAUAAAAACUUUAGCAGAUGCUUCACAUGAUCGCCAUGCCUUGUCAGCUCCGCAGAUAAUUUUGAACCUUGUCGGUUUUUGUGCUACUGUGGCUACUACAGUAGUGGUAACAAUCUAUGCAAAAAGGAGGCUCAAAGAGUUGCAGAAGGAAGAAGAGCUUUUACUUCAGUAAGCCUGUGUUGUUUUCUUUUGGGACCAAAGAGUGAGAUUGAUUUGCAUCCAGUUCAGGUUUGAUUGGCAUGUCUAGAUGCAAAUUGUUGCUGGAUGGAUUGUUAUUGACUGAUUACUCCAUCCUUAAUUUCGUGGUCAACUUUGUGGGGCUGUGUCCUGCAUGGAUUAUUGGUGGAUGACGGGGAAUUGAGACAACCAGCUAACAUGACUGAUAUUUAUACCGAAUUGUAUAGUUGUCCCAAAAUAAGGGAAAAUCAUAAAUGAAGUUGAUGUAUGUAACAUCAUUGCCUCCAACCCCCAAAUGGAAAAAACUAAUCUCCCUCUCCCUCUCACGUUGCAACAGUCACUGUAUAUAAUUAGAAUGCCCCUUAUGGUUGUAAUAGAAUUCAGGGUGUUAUUUUGUUGGAUUUGGAAGAUAACAAUUUUAUUCGAUUGUUUAGAGAUAUUAUCAGUUGGACACCCGAGUUGCCUAUAUAAAUUUCGUGAAGAAUUUAUCGUAUCCUGGGGCAAUUUAGGUAAUCAUUGUAUUGGGAUUGCACUGAGUUUGCAGGUGCCAAGCUGCAAGGGCUGUCCGGAAUUGUAAUCCAUUUCCAACACUAUGAAUUUAGCUUUCAGCUAUAUUACUUCUU